GAUUGCUGUGCAGGCCCCGUAGCUUAGCAUGACUGAAGACUAAAAUGGAUGGAAAUAGCAUUAGCAGUGCUAGCAUUAGCAGCACGCCAGCUAGCCACCAGGAAAGAUUUUCGACACAUCAGCAUUACAACCAUGUAAUUAAUCUUAUUUAUGAUGCAUUGCGUAAAACAUGAAACAAAAAGCACUAAAAGCACUAAAUGAAUACAGAGCCACCAACCACCAGUACCAGCCUGGACCACACCAAUAUAUGCAUUAGCACACUCAUCAAAGAUCAUCAAAUCUUACCUUUAUCACAUAGUAUCAGCAUUCAUUCAUUUUAUACUGCUUAUCCUCACGAGGGUCGUGGGAGUGCUGGAGCCUAUCCCAGCUGUUUUGGGGCGAGAGGCGGGGUACACCCUGGACUGGUGGCCAGCCAAUCACAGGGCACAUAUAGACAAACAACCAUUCACACUCACAUGGGAAAAUAUCUAAUCAAGGCAAAAUAUUCUAGAAAGUCAUAAAUAAUUACAUGAAGAAAAUGGGGGGGGGGUGUAAUUUUACAAGAAUAAAGUCAAACUAUUAAGAAAAAGUCCUAUUCUAAUGAGAAAAAGUUGCAAUUUCACGAGAGGAAACAUGUAAUAUUACCAACAGUCAUUUUAUUUUUAAAAAAUGAUUUUUGAACAUUGUAAUAUGAUGAGGAAACCAACAAAACAAGAUAAAAUUGGGUAAAAAGUAAAACAUAUAAUGAGAAUAAAGUCCAGGAGAAGAAACAUAAGAUAUUUGGAUAAUAAAACAAAGAAAGAAAGAAAACACCUCCCCUUGCUGGAAACACCCCUGGUGGAUGGGGUAGUUCCCAAACCCACGGCGCUGGAGCCAAGAUGUCACAGGAAUGAAAUAAGUGCUGGAGGGAAGCCAAGGUGAAGGAGUGCACCUGCAUAGAAAGAGAGGAAGAGGGGAUGACUGGAGAGGAGAGAAAGAGAGAGAGAGAGAGAGAGAGAGAGAGAGAGAGAGGGAGAGGCGGAGUUAAGUGUAAAGAAAAAUCCGGAGAAGCCCAACUCUACAGCAGUAGGCUAGACAGCAGUGUGAGGGAGGUGAGUCCAAGGGAACCUGAGACCAGAGACCUGGAAAAAGCCCAAAGUGGGAAGUUGGGAAUCCAUCCAGUCAGCGGCCGGCAGGAAGUGGAGUUUCUGUCCGAGAGUUUCCAAGCUUUUCCAUCCAGACUGCCAAGCAGCAUGGCUGACAGAAUGAAUGAGGACUCGGAGAAUACUCCUGGGAAAGAUGAGCUGGACUGGGGCUAUGAGGAAGGUGUAGAGUGGGGACUCCAUUUCCCAGCAGCCAAUGGUGAGUACCAGUCUCCCAUCAACCUGAACUCCCGGGAGGCUCAGUACGACCCCUCCCUCCUGGACGUCCGCCUGUCACCAAACUAUGUGGUGUGUCGUGAUUGUGAGGUCAUCAAUGAUGGACACACCGUGCGCAUUAUUCUCAAGUCUAAGUCAGUGGUGACCGGGGGUCCACUGCCGAGCGAUCAUGAAUAUGAACUUCAUGAGGUUCGAUUUCAUUGGGGCAAGGAGAACCAGAGAGGAUCAGAGCACACGGUCAACUUUAAGGCCUUUCCUAUGGAGCUCCAUCUCAUCCACUGGAACAGCACGCUCUUCAACUCCCUGGAGGACGCUCUGGGGAAGAACAACGGCGUCCUCAUCGUUGCUCUUUUUGUACAGGUCGGGAAGGAGCAUCUGGGUCUGAAAGCCAUCACCGAGGUUCUGCAGGACCUGCAGUACAAGGGCAAAAGCAAGAUCAUCCCCUGCUUCAAUCCCAACACUCUACUGCCUGACCCUCUAUUGCGAGACUACUGGGUGUAUAAAGGAUCUCUGACGACACCGCCUUGCAAUGAGAACGUCACCUGGAUCCUCUAUCGCUACCCUUUGACCAUAUCACAACUCCAGAUCGAGGAGUUCCGCAGGCUGCGCUCACAUGCCAAAGGCGCUGAGCUGCCGGAUGGCAAUGACGGGAUGCUGGGGGACAACUUCCGCCCCACGCAGCCACUCAGCGAUCGGACAGUCCGUGCAGCCUUUCAGUGACUUUCUCCCGUUCAAUCAGAAAACACCUACACAAGCAAGCAUGGAAGGAUCCUGUCCCUCAGGAAUUCAUUCCUCUGGAAGCACAUGAUAACGGAUCAAGUCCCACCAGGUCUAGCCCACUUCACUUACUAAUCUGGAACGCGUCUUUUUGUGCUCCAUGGACUAUGGAGACAUGUCAAAUGUAGAUCAGGAGCACUGCUUUGACGGCUCAACAAUGUACUCACAAAGUACUGCAUGUCCAUCAUCCACCGUCCUUACGUGACACGUGUCUUCUAAGGAUAUCAAAACAGGUGAAAAGAGGCAGCUCAUUUCAAAGAACUCCAAAAAGCUCCAGCAAGGUUUUCUAUCCAUGCUGUGAGCAUGUAGUAACGGGUACAUCGAUGCUAACACGUCAUACGUGGAGUAUUUUAGUAUAACCUCCUUCCUGGGCGCAUUGACUUCACAUAGCAGCAUAGAAACGUAAGAACGCUACACCUAGCGUUACCUUUGGCUAGUGGCCUGAGGCAUCGGGAGCUAUUGGGUGCUGAAGGUAGUCGCUAGCCUGCUAGUAGCUAGCUGCUAUGAUGUGGCCAGGUGUCACAAGGUGUCAUGAUGGACAUGUACCCUCGUUGGAGCUUUUUGGAAAUGGAAUAGGUGCUUCCCAUGACGUGCAUUCUUAGCUGUUUUUACCUAUUUUUAUAUCUUUAGAAGGCACGGAAAAGACAAAGCCAUGUGUGUUAAUGUCUCACAUCAGGAUUGUGAAUGAUGGACAACAUUCCAAAAAAGAUUUAAGGGGUUUUUUUUUUCUAGUAAGUGAAAUAAAUCAUGCUAAAAAUAUGUAGUGUAUACAUACGUUGUUAAAUAUGAUCACAAGUUGUUUAGACCAGUACUUAAUGGUUUAUUUAAGUUGUAUUAAAAAGUA